AUGAAGAUCAACAUAGUUAGAAGAAAGUUGAUAAAACCAUGCACCCCAACUCCCCAAAACCUCAAAAGCUACAAACUUUCCUUCAAAGACGAGCUCAGUCGGCCAUCAAACGUCGGCGUCGUCCUCUUCUACCAAUCAAAGCCGACGAAACCAGCCAACGUGCUCGAAGAAUCCUUGUCGGGAAUCUUACCGCGUGUCAUAUCACGCCAUUUUUUAGUAGUGUACCCUCUCGCAGUAGCCGAUGUCGAUGAUGUGGAAGUAGACGAUCUUGUUCCGCGACGAGGGGACCGGUUCGCGGGCCCCACCGAUCCGCUGCUGUCGGUUCAGAUCACGGAGUUGGUGAAAUGCGGGGGCUUGGCUGUCGGCGUUAGUGUGUCGCAUAGGAUUUUCGAUGCUUCUUCGAUUGGGACGUUUAUUGCUGCUUGGUCGAAUGCUAGCAAGAAUCUAGGGGGAAAGAAGGGAUCAGUAUUGUUCCCACCUUUGAUCCUCAUUUGUUGUUUCCUGAUAAUAAAAUCAAAAAAUAUGCAAUUGAAGUACUAUAAAUUUGGAAAGGAAUCUAUAACGAAUCUGAGAUCAAAACUGAACACAAAACAAGGCAUCAUCAACAGCCAAAAAAUCUUCUCGAAGGUUCGUCUCAUCUCCGCCGUCAUUGCCAAGGCCUUAAUCCGCAUCGAUGCAAAAAAGUACGGACGCCCGAGGCCUUCCCUCAUCAUUCAGGCCGUAGAUAUGCGGCCGAGAAUUAACCCUCCUCUCCCCAAACACUCGCAUUGCAUGCUGCGGCUAAGUGUAUGCACCGGUGCGGCCGGUUUGGGACUUCACGAAAUCGCAUGUAUGAUAAGCGACGCCAUCGAAAACACUGUUUUCGACUUUAUUAUGUAA